AUGCGAUGCGCGAGCAAGGCCGCCGAGAGCGCGUCUGCACGUCUCUGUGCGGACGCCGAAGCAGAAACUACAGCAACUGAUAUCCCAUCGGUUGCUGAAUCGACUCAGCCUGUAUCACCUGGUGAUGCAGGCGCUGGUCAUGAAGACACUCGUGUCUUCACAGAGUACGAGCUCGGUGUCUCGUACUCUCCUGAUACGGAUGACGGAUCCGUAUCGACGGCAAUUGAAUCCAAGCCGCCUGCCAAGCGUGGCAUGGACGAUGCUUUGCGUCGCAGCAUCUUUGGUUCAUCUGAUGAGUCAGAUGAACCAUCGCCGAAGCGAAGGCGCUCGAGGUCGCGAGACUCGGGCGCUAAUAGUGGUGUCGUUUCUCCAAUGGACACCACUUCACAGCGAGGUGCCAGUACUUCUGUCGGCACGUCGCAGCAAGAGCGGGACCGCAAUGUGUUGCGUCUCGCUCCAGAAAAGAAGGCAUGGAUGCCUCCAAAAUCUGUCAUGGAUCACUUGUCGGCGACGACGAGUGAUCGUUAUCGAACACGAUUGUUCGAUUCGUCAAGGAUCCAUCACCUUGACCCCAGCGCGAAAGACUAUCGCGCUGAACAUGAAGUUCUUCAUCGAUGCUUUCUUCAGACAUCGAUGGUACAGUGGGAAUCACAAACGUGA